AAGCCGCUCGCUGGAGUCAAAAUGCUGAUUUCUGAUGGAAUUGACUAUCAGAAUGAAUCCAAGAUCAACCCAAACAGCUCUGAUCCGGAUAUUUCUCCGGAUCACACUGGAACGCUGUGAUGGAACUGUUAGGUCUGCACCAGUAUGUUUCCUGGAAUAAAAAAUGCCACAUUUGGAAAGUAAGACGGUACAUCUGAGAGCUCCUGCAAAGACCAAACAUGUGGACCCUUCUCUGUUUGGAAACAAGGCUCUCCGAGGCGGACAAGAGUUCAGAAUGCGACAUAGACAGCCCGGACAACAGCAGAAGCAAAAAGGACCAGCGGAGGGAAGACAGCAGGCCAAAGCCUGAUCUCAGAAGUGUGAAGGACAAAAACAUUGGAACAAUGUCUAGUCAGUACAGUGAGAAGGUCUCCUUAAGCUAGCCAGAGGUUGGGACAUGUCCAGAGGACUGACUGAAGGAUGCUGAGUCUAGAGCUGCCAGAGGUCUAGAGCAAGACCAGAGAAGGAAGACAUGAAGGUAGCUGCUGGUAGAGGAUGCAGGAGACAGACAGAAGAAGCUGAUUGGCUGUGGAGACCCUGAAGGGAAACGCCCAAAAGAAGAGUAGAAGAAGAAGAUGAGGUCUAGCUCGAAGGACCAUAAAUGGCCGACCUUACUGUUCCAGAAGGCCAGCAAAGGAACCAGAAGAGGGCGGAGCUUUUACGCCUGCUCCGCCUGUCGAGACCGGAAGGACUGCAGCUUUUUCCAGUGGGCAGAUGAAAAGGUGUCUGAGUCCCGGCUGCAGGCCCGAGAGGCGGAGCGGCGGUCUCAGACGCCCCGGUUUACGCAGCAGGAGUGCCAGGACAGGCUCCAAGUGUUCACCAACCUUCCUGCCCGCGAGCAGAAGUUCUGCGUGGACUGUCAGCUUCUACUGCUGCCGGACGAGCACAGAACCCAUUCUGCUCACAGAACCACGGCGGUGCUGGACGUGCAGCUGAGGACGCCCAGCCUCCUGCUGCGCCCUCUGGACAACAAGAAGAGCCACGCCCAGUUCAUGUUCAGCCAGCGCAGCGCCGACUUCCUGCUGGACGCUCUGACUGCUCUGGGUUUCAGGAAGGUGCUGUGCAUCGGCACCCCCAGACUCCAUGAAGCCAUCCAGCUGAGAAACCUGAAGCAGGACCAGGAACCGGUGAAGAGUCUGCUGCUGGACAUCGACUUCAGAUACGCACAGUUCUACAGUGGGGAGGAGUUCUGUCACUACAACAUGUUCAACCAUCACUUCUUUGAUGGACGGGCUGCCUCGGACGUCCUGGAUGCAUUCAUCAGAGAGGAUGAUGGGAAAAAGGUGGUGAUGGUGGCCGACCCUCCGUUCGGGGGCCUGGUGAAGCCUCUGGCCGGCAGUUUCUCCCUGAUAUCACAGACGUGGAGGGCGGGGCAGAGAUGGAGGGCGGGGCACAGCUCAGCUGACGGCCACACAGAGAUGCCCAUGCUGUGGAUCUUCCCAUACUUCUUUGAGCCUCGGAUCCUGGACUGCCUGCCGUCUUUCACUAUGCUGGACUACCAGGUGGACUACGACAACCAUCCUCUGUACAAACACGGUAAAUCAGGCAGAAAGCAGUCUCCUGUGAGAAUCUUCACCAACAUUUCUGCUAAAACGGUCGUUUUGCCCAAAGAGGAGGGCUACAGGUUCUGCUCUGCGUGUCAGAGGUACGUCAGCCCUCUGAACAAACACUGUGCUCGCUGCAACAUCUGUCCCUCCAAGGACGGCCGUGAGUGGAGGCACUGCCCCGCCUGUGAGAAGUGUGUCAAACCCUCUUGGAAGCACUGCCCCCUCUGCAGCCGCUGUGCUCUGCCGGACCAUCCCUGUGGACCUGGCCCCCAAAGAGAGGGCUGCUUCGGCUGCGGCAGCCUGCAGCACAAACGCAGGACCUGCCCCCUGAAGGGGGGCGGCGGACUCAGCAGGACCUGCCCCCUGAAGGGGGGCGGUGGACUCAGCAGGCCUAAAGUCAGACGCAGGGAGAAGACGUUUUCUGCUCUUCAGAAGGCCAACAGGAAAUGGGCGGCGGCUCGUGGGGCCAAGAGGGCGGCGGCUCAGACUCAGUGAGGUGCUCCUUACCGCUGAAAAUGAGAGGAACAUUUGUUUUGCUUUUUGAUUAAAACUCACUUCUCUUAAUACAGUU